AUGCCUCCUAAAUCAAAACCAAAAUCUCAAAAUAUAACUACCGAUGAUGGCGGUGACGAGUAUAUAUCCUUAUCGACUGUUAAAGAAUUAAUGUCGGAGCAAGAAAAUGCCUUUAAAGUAAUGAUCGACUCUCUGAUUAAAUCUACUACAUCAAGAGUAGAUGGGUUGGUAAAAGAUUUAGCUGAAUUAAAAUACAGCUUAGAAUACUCGCAGAAAGAUAUAGCCUCACAACAGAAAGAACUUGAUAGAAAUCAAUCCGAGAUUCAAUCAAUGAGCAAUGAAAUAUCAAAUAUCAAGAUGUCCCUUGAUAAGUAUUCUACAAAGACAGUUGAUUUAGAAAACCGAAGUAGAAGAAACAACAUACGAGUAACCGGCAUUCCGGAGAAGCGAAGCGAAACGUGGGAUGACUCGGAGGCAAUGGUUAAAUCUGUCCUUAAAGAGAAGCUAGGGCUAGCAUCUGAGCCUCGCAUCGAAAGAGCGCAUCGCGUCGGUUAUUCUACUAAACGGGAUGGAUCGCCUAGAAAUGCUCCUAGACCGAUUGUAUGUCGUUUGUAUGAUUGGAAAGAGAAGGAACAUGUUCUCAAACAGGCCAGAAUACAUAAGCCGUCUGGUAUUUAUGUAAAUGAUGAUGUUGCCGAAGCCACAAUGGUCAAACGACGUGAACAAAUACAUAAGUUGAAACAAGCAAAGCAGGAAGGGAAGAUUGCUUAUUUUGUCUUGGAUAAACUCAUAAUUAAAGACAAACGAUCUGGAUAA